UAUCGGCGCGGUCACGCUGGGACUCGGGCACAAUUUAUUUUUUGCCAAAAUGUGCGCGCCAACAACCAAUUACGCAAAUGCAAGGUCCGAUAAGUGAACGCUAGCUGCUAGACAGACACCUACAUCGCGUACGAAAUACGUUUUACAAUAGUUUGUGCCGCCGCCGCUGUUCCAACACGUACCCACGCCAAAGAGGCGGAAAAAGUCAGCACAAAAAAGGCGUCUGGGAGGAACUACUGCUUCUCGUGCUGUUGGAAAAUCGAUCGAUUUUCAUUAUUGAGGCUCCACAGCCAUUUGUUGUUCCCUCCUCUCCCCUCAUAAACAUUAGUUCAAUCUCGUUUUUUUUCUUGUGACGGACGGGCAGGCACAAAAAAUCGCAUGAACAUCAUCCGACUCGGGCGGUAACCGGGGUGGUGUGUGGUGCGAGAAAAGAAAGACGCGAAAGAAACAACAAAAAAAACGCAAAGAAAAAAAUCAAUUAGCAAGGCACACAAAAAUAAAAAUAUAUAUUCCAUAUAAAAAUCGCAAAUUAUUUAUGAAUUGGUUGUUGUUGUUGCUAAAACAAAAGGAAAAAAGACCAGCAUUGAAAAGAUUUCUAAUUCGAAAAUAAACCAAACAAAUCGGCACCCGCUAGCAACAGCAAGCGAGAGAGAGAGAGAGAGCGCGGUGCAGCGGAAGAAGAGCAGAGAACAGGCAGGCGCCAAAACGGUAACAGCAGCAGCACCAGCACCAGAGAGUGGUAACAAGAGAGAGAUAGAGAGAGCAACGGACGUCUUGAGCGCGUCAUCGAUAUAUCUUCAAUUGUUUACACGAGUCGCCGUCGACGCUGUCGCCGCCGCCGCUGUUGGUGCGUGUGUAUCAUUUUUGCGGCACAAAAAGACACACCCUGAGAGGAAACGAGACCAACUGCUCCCGCCCUCUUAGCCCUUGGGUGUGUGUGUGUCCCAGGGUGCGUGCCUAUCGCUACAACAACCACAUUAUUGACCGCUCCUUUAGUUGCAAGCCGCCGCCCGCCCUCCUUCAACCCUCCAACACCCGGCUAGCAGAAGCAUGCAAUGUCGUCUGGCCACGUAUCGGCGCUGAGAACGAGAGGAUCCAUUAGAUCCACUAGUUGAGAGCUGUGAACUGAGGGACAAAGAACGAGAGAGGAGCGCACAAGAGAGAACUCUUGCAUCUCGAGACUUUAUCAGCAAACAACAACCAAGAAGCAACGAGAUCGUAGUGCUCGUAGUGCCUGGGUUUAGCUUCCACUCGGAGUCAAACAAAAACAUAAAAGAAAGAAGGCAACAUUUACAAAUAAAGUCUCUGAUUCAUCAACCAUCCAGUCAUCAGGCGUCAUCCAACGAACGAACGAACGAACAAAAACAGAGAUAAAGAUAGAGAGAGAAAGUAAGAGAGAGUGAGAGACUCUGGAAUAAAGAGAAGUAUCAAAAUACACCCCGUCCGGUGCAAGCACAAGUCUACUUAAAGGAGAAGGAAGCACAAAACACUUAUUUAAAGAAAAGAACAAACACAUUGACAAGCAAACAAGGAGAGGAAGGAGCCACUGCCCACUGCACAUCCUCCAACAAAUCCAUCAAACGGAGUGAGUAGCCUGUUAGCGAGUGAAACCAACGAGAGGAGCUAGCUAGAGGAUCCCCAGAUACAACCCAUUCUACAAUAUCUGCAAUACCUAAAAUCCCUACGACGCCUUCAGAAUGAACUCCACCACAAAACAUCUGCUGCACUGCACACUGCUCUUCACUGUGAUAAUAACCUUCGAAGUAUUCUCGGGCGGCAUCAAGAUCGACGAGAACUCAUUCACGCUGGUUGACCCAUGGUCCGCGUAUGGGGAUGUGGCCACCGUUUUGCUGUACUUACUCCGCUUUCUCACCCUCCUCACGCUGCCCCAGGUGCUGUUUAAUUUCUGCGGCCUGGUCUUCUACAAUGCCUUUCCCGAGAAGGUUGUCCUUAAGGGCAGCCCCCUGCUGGCGCCCUUCAUCUGCAUCCGUGUGGUGACGCGCGGCGAUUUUCCCGAUCUGGUCAAAACGAAUGUCCUGCGGAACAUGAACACCUGUCUGGACACCGGCCUGGAGAAUUUCCUCAUCGAGGUGGUCACCGACAAGGCCGUACAUUUGGCCCAGCAUCGACGCAUUCGAGAGAUUGUGGUGCCCAAGGAGUAUAAAACGCGUACGGGGGCCCUCUUCAAGUCACGGGCCCUGCAGCACUGCCUGGAGGAUUCGGUGAAUGUGCUGAACGACAACGAUUGGAUCGUCCAUCUCGAUGAGGAGACAUUGCUCACGGAGAACUCGGUGCGCGGCAUUAUAAAUUUCGUGCUGGAUGGUAAGCAUCCAUUCGGCCAGGGCCUGAUCACUUAUGCCAACGAGAAUGUUGUCAAUUGGCUGACCACUCUGGCGGACAGCUUUCGGGUGUCCGAUGACAUGGGCAAACUGCGGCUGCAGUUUAAGCUCUUCCACAAGCCACUCUUCAGCUGGAAGGGCAGCUAUGUGGUCACCCAGGUGGAGGCCGAGCGAUCCGUCUCCUUUGACAAUGGCAUCGAUGGCUCUGUGGCCGAGGACUGCUUCUUUGCGAUGCGUGCCUUCAGCCAGGGCUAUACGUUCAACUUCAUCGAGGGCGAAAUGUACGAGAAGUCACCAUUCACGCUGCUUGAUUUCCUGCAGCAACGCAAGCGCUGGCUCCAAGGCAUCCUGCUAGUGGUCCACUCCAAGAUGAUACCCUUCCGGCACAAGCUGCUGCUGGGCAUCAGUGUUUAUUCGUGGGUCACCAUGCCGCUCUCCACAUCGAACAUUAUCUUUGCCGGCCUCUAUCCGAUACCCUGUCCCAAUCUGGUGGACUUUGUGUGCGCCUUUAUUGCGGCCAUUAACAUAUAUAUGUAUGUGUUUGGGGUGAUCAAAUCCUUUUCGUUGUACCGCUUUGGAUUGUUUCGGUUUCUGGCCUGUGUGCUGGGGGCCGUCUGUACGAUACCCGUUAAUGUGGUUAUCGAGAAUGUAGCCGUCAUUUGGGGAUUGGUCGGCAAAAAGCACAAGUUCUAUGUGGUUCAGAAGGAUGUGCGUGUGCUGGAGACGGUUUAAAGGACCGCACCGGACCGGACCGGGCCAAACUAAAUCAAACAAAAAUAUCGCACAAUAAAUGGCCAGGAUAUAUGCACACACACCCGCACACACACAAACACACACACACACACUAUUUGAAUUCUGAUUUGUUUGUAAUUUUUAGGCAUAAGAUUCCCCCACACACGCAAGCAUACACACACACACACACACCUAUGCAUAUGCACGUAUACAUAUAUAUAUAUAUAUAUAUAUAUAUAUUGAUUGUUGUUUCGUUAUAAAUCCAAUCACACCAUUCCUCAUUAAUCCAACACAUCGCAUCGCAUCCACAUCGCACGAAAUCUACACACACAACAAAAAGAAAAGGAAAAAGAACAAACUGAACAAACA